GAGAAUGCGUGCAUAAACACGGAGAGUCCUGAGCUCAACAUGUGCUUGAACCUUUGGUACAAAGUCAAGAGAACUAACAGAUGGACUCAGGAAUGGGCGUUACUUGCAUUAGCAGCCGUGGAUCGGAUCAGUCAAGCUCUACAAGGAUACGUAGACAGCAUGUAUCAAUUUGUACAGCCACAAGCUGAAACUUUGGGGAAAUUGUGCGGAAUUGAAACGUCCUACAUUUACGCUUUUGGGGAAGAGGUUGUACGUGGACAGUCCAUAUUCAAUCUAUCAAAUUUAGUACAGAAGCUGCAACCAAUGCUACGUGCAACCGCAUGUGUGGGUUCAUGGCAGAUAGCAAGUCAUCAAGCUUUAGCAAGAGGAACAGUUAUGGUGCUGCCAUCUUUAGCGUCGAUUCAGGGCCACGUUUUUCCAUCGUCUCGAGUAGUCAUCAUAGAUUCGAUUGGAGGCCUUGAGGAUAUACCCGUCGGAGUGACUGCUGUUUUAAGUUCUAGUACAACUGAUAUUCUGAGCCAUGUUUCCAUUCGAGCUCGCAACAACAAGGUACUUCUUGCCAGUUGUUCUGAUAGCGAGGAGUUCGAAACCAUGAAAAGAAUGGAAGGGAAGACCGUAGUUGUCACAAUCCAGUCGACAGGAGAAGUCGUGGCUUCGGAGGAGCUUGACAGCUUCUUGCAACCUGUUCAAGGAUACUCUCCGAUGGACUUGAACGAGAGCAAUAAGAAGCCCAAUCAGUUAACGUCCCCCUUGAAACGGUGUCCACCUGCUCUGCCUUCAAAGUGGACCUUCAAGGAGGAUAGCUACGACGAAUCCCAAGUUGGGGGUAAAUCAUACAAUAUAGCCAGACUUCGUAAGCUAUUGCCGAAAAAGAUAAAUGUGCCAGCAUCAGUCGUCCUCCCCCUUACGACUUAUGAACAGCUUCUGAACGACCCUCUCAACGAAAUGGCUGCUUCACUCCUGAAGAAAGUACUGAGGGAAUUGGAUGCAGCCAGUAAAAGUUCUAACGCGAUUCCAAAAGAAUUAGCACUUAUCAGGAAAAUAAUAAAAUCGAAAGUUACAGCACCCGAAGUUAUGAAAGAUGCACUAUGUGCUGCUGCUGAAGCAUCCGGCUUGAUUGGACCUGGUGCUUGGAAGAACCAACUUGUAUGGGAGAAUAAUUGGCGUGCAAUUUGCCAAGUUUGGGCCAGCAAGUGGACAGACAGAGCGUGGCUAAGCCGGAAAGCCACGGGCUUAUCAGAGGAGGCCUUGUUGAUGGGAUGCCUACUGCAAAAGGUCGUACCCGCAGAGUACGCCUUCGUCAUACAUACAGUGCAUCCGAUUUCCAAGGACAAGUCAGAGAUGUUUUGUGAGGUGGUUCCAGGAUUAGGAGAAGUUUUGGUUGGUAACUACAGGGGGACUGCACUAAGCUUCACCAUAUCGAAGGACGACAACGCGAAACCCAGAAUCACAUCAUUGCCAUCAAAAGCCGUGGCAUACAUUGCAGCUGAUGAGUGCCUCAUAGCACGUUCCGAUUCGAACGGCGAGGACUUGGAGACAUUCGCAGGAGCUGGCCUAUUCGACAGUGUGAUAGUUGAUCCGCCCAAAAGAAUCUUGGUUGAUUUCUGCGAAGAGCGACUGCUGUGGGACAUUCAAUUUCGGGAGCAACUGAUUCAGGACAUUAAGACGGUCGGAUUGUGCGUGGAAUCUGCACUCGGAGGCCAGGCCCAGGACAUUGAAGGAAUAUACAGAGAUGGCAAAAUCACGGUGGUGCAAGCAAGGCCUCAAGUUUUGUGAAUUGGAGGUACGAAGGAACAACGUGCGGUUGAAGGGCUAAACGGAUGGUGUGUACCGGGGUCAACAAAAAGUAUCAGCUAACAUGAAGUAGUGAGCAUCAAGGCAGCAAUUCACUACAUAUGUUGAUAGUGCCUCGAGUCCGACUAAUGUUGCAGCAUAGAAGACAUAAGGAGUGUUGCUAUUUCGAACUUAGCUUGUCUGCUAUCUGGAACCAUCUUUAAUUUGUUAUACUAGCUUCCUCCCUGUAAAACCUCACGAAGAGCCAGUGUAUAAAGCAACUACGGUCUCAGCUUCUACGGAGAUUUCAACCUCGAAAAUCAUAUAAAACUUUCACAGCUAUCGUUCCUGCCUACUUUUGAAAACUGACGCAACUCUUUACAUUCCACACUCAUCCAUACAGUUGCCCACAAUGGCAUGCUAGUACUGAUACGGAUAGAUCUUUCGUACCAACAAAUCUAACCUGUCCCAUACAUGAGAUCUUGAAUGGC